CAUUUUGUAUUUUUUUUCUGUCUGGAUUAGCCACCAACGCCGAUAUUUUUUUUUGGUUUGAAUAACUUUGAAUAUGAUGAAAUUCACAGUGAAAAAUAUUCUUAUUCUAUGGACCUUUAUGGCCAUUAUUGGUUCUCUAUUACCGGUCGAAACACAGGCUUCCGGUUGGUUUGGCUCAAGUGAUGAAAGUACACCACCAUCAGCCGAUAAUGAUAUCGAUGAUGAUGAUAUUAUGGAUGGUGAGGAUAUUCAUACAAUUAAAGAAGUAGAACCAAUCGAACAAUUUCCACCAGCCAAUAGUGGACAAGAUGGUGGCCAACAACAGCAGCAGCAACAACAACAACAACAACAACCACAAGAACAAGAUCAAGAUCAAGAACGAAGAAAUCAGCUACAACAUCAGAUGGGAAACAGUGGUGUUCCAGUGGCAUCUAGUGGUUAUCCGGAAGAAGAUCCACGACAAUCACAACAAUCAUAUUAUGGCAAUUUUGGGCAACCAGAACAAACUUGUGGUGAAAAUCAAUACAUGUGUCGAAAGGUUAGUCCAAAUCAACCACAUGUACGUUGUAUACCAAAUGAAUGGAAAUGUAAUGGCCUAAGAGAUUGUGAAGAAAAUGAUGAUGAAGAUGGUUGUUCUGGUAAUAACCAACAAUAUCCAUAUCAUCAUCCACAAGUUGAACAAUGUUCACCUGGACAACAUACAUGUUAUGGUACCGGUAUGCAUGUUAAUAUGCCACUUAAAUGUUUAGAUAGACAAUUAGUAUGCGAUCAACGUGCUGAUUGUCCAUAUGGUGAUGAUGAACGAUCAUGUCCACCAUCUCAACAAGAAUCAAAUCAACAACAACAUGGUAGUGUAUAUCCAUAUCCAGGACAACAACAACAACAACAUAAUGAUGGAUAUCCAUAUCAACAACAAGGUGGACAAUAUUCUGAUCAAACACAACAACAUCGACAAGGUUAUACAGGAUUAAAUCAACAACAAUAUUAUUCACCAACAACAGGUGGCGUUGAUCGACGAUUAUAUAAUGGUGAUAAUUCACCAUCUACCAGUGGUAUUCAUCCAGGUAGCAAUAGUAACAAUAAUGAUAAUAAUGAUGCAUGUCGUGGUGGUCGUAGUGAAGAAUAUAUAAAACGAUUAGAAUUUCUUGAUCGAUGUUAUCGAUCUUGUAUGCGUAAUCAAUUAUAAAAUUGAAAA